CCCAGCGCAACGGACCACAGGGUCUGCCAUCCUUUGUCAAGUCACUUUCAUCGGAUGCAUUUGGCCCGUUGCCUUGGCAAAUUUCCUUACUAAGAAACUACAAAGCACUUAUUGCAUUCGACCCUGUGUUCCGGCAUGCUGAUCCGCAGGCCCAGGCAAGCGUGGUGGAUAUAUCAAGAGCUGUCCAAGCAAUGGUGCAGAGCGGCCAAUUACUUUGGUUAAGCGACCUCUAUCGCCUCGUGUUUGGGUUCCACGUAGAAGAAGCAGUAAAUCGGACAGGCACAGUACUCGGAACGUAAUGCUUACCUACCAUCCUACAGUAUUCUGUUUAUUCCUCUACUCGACUUCUGGCUUCGAUUACCCUCAACUGUAUCUGGCCAGCAGCGGGAUUCACAAGAGGAUGGGAGGCGGGCGGCGGUAGAGAAGAAGAAGCAGGCUUGAGCUGGGUGGACUUUUACAUCGUGUGUAUAGCUAGUCAUACUGCCUGUGCAGUAUUGUAGGAUAUGGGAUUGAAUGUUUCCGGGGAUAGGGCAGCUCCAUUCGCGACCCAUCUGUGCAAAGCGAGACUGCAUCGCUUUUUCUUUUAUAAUUAUAUCUGUGUGGCAGUUGGAGGUGUUGGAAGGAAAAUCUUUUGUUUGGGUGUUCUCAAGUGCCUUAAAUCUACUCCGUACCGAAGGAAAACAUAUGAGAUGAGGCCCUGGCUUUGGCCACUAGAAGCACGCAGUUUGAAAAUUGGCACUGUAUUGACCAAUGUGUUUGUCUUUCUGGGUUAGACGAAAUUUCACAUGGCAGGAAACAUGUAAUGGUAGUCACCACCAAAAGGCAUACAUUGACGAUCUAAAUAUCCCAUGUUCGGAUAUUAAAAUCCUUCCGACCAGGAGUUGUUAGCAGCGCCCUUAU